AACUACUUCUCGCGCGACGCCCUCCUCAGCACGUGGUGCGGGUCUCCGCCCUACGCGGCGCCCGAGCUGUUCGAGGGCCGGCACUACUCGGGGCCGAAGGCGGACAUCUGGUCGCUGGGCGUCGUGCUGUAUGUGCUCGUGUGCGGCGCCCUUCCCUUCGACGGCCACACUUUGCAGUCUCUCAAGACUCGCGUGCUUUCGGGAAAGUUCCGAAUCCCGUACUUCAUGUCCACGGAUUGCGAGCACUUGAUUCGCCACAUGUUAAUCACGGAACCCGAGAAACGCCUUUCUCUCCAGCAAAUCAAAGUCCACAAGUGGUUGCGCGCCACGCCCUCCGACGCCGCCACGCUCACCGCCACCGCCACCGAGACCACGCCCCCGCCCGACGCCGACACCAUCGACAUGUCGGUCGUCGAGUGGGUGUCGCGCGAGCUGUCCGUUGACUCGCUCACAGUGCUCGAGUCGGUGCGCACGCGCGCCUACGACCACAACUACGCGCUCUACCAUCUGGUCAACGAGUCUAGUCACGUGACGCCGUCGUCCGCGCCCCCGUCGCCGCCGCUCCUCCCACUCGUCCCGUCGUCCAAUCAGCGCAAGUCCUCCAUCACGACGGGAGUGGUGGAGCGCGAGACGCCUUCCGCGCCCCUCCUGUCGGCCGGCGUCUCUCCGCUCCGAAGACACACUUUCGGUCCCAUGGAAACGAACGCCAACUCGUCGACCAAUCAACUCGUCACUCCGCCCCUCCUCUUCCUCACGCCCCCCACACAGCCCCCGCCCAUGGCCAACCUCCCGCUCGCGCCGCCCAACUACCCGCUCACCAACAUGGACCUCCUGCGCCCCCCAAACGUCCUCCUGAUGGUCAACAACAACAUGGGAAGGCGCGCGAGCGACGGACAGGCCAACUACGCGCGCGCCCAACCCCUCGACAGUCCGCAGUCGGUCACCGCCUCCGCGUCCGCCUUCGCCUUCCCCUCACAGACACCGCAGACGUCGCCGCCGCCCGUCUCCUAUCAGCGCCGCAAACGCCACUCUCUUACCGACACUCAAGACCUCGUGACUCGACAGCGACGCUCCGGCGUCACGACUAUGACGUCACCGAACGCCGCCCUCGCCGACAGAAACAGAAGACGCGCAUCUGACGGCUCUUCCGUGACGACGACUCCGCACCAGAUCUCCAUCUCUUCGCUUCAGACGGAACUCCGCGCGCUCUGCGUGUCGUCUCCGCCGUCGCUCCAGACGUCGCCCAUCCACUGCGCGUCGCCCACGAGUGCCGCCUCCGCGUCGCUCCCGUCGUCGCCGCCGCCCACUCUGCCGCUCAUCUCGGAGGAGCUGCUCGCGACGGGCGCGCCGUCCGCGUGCUCGCCGGCGCCGCUGUUGACGCCGCCGCAGUCGUUCCGGUCGUCGCCCGUGACGUCGCCCUCAAUGGCGCCGUCCAUCGCCAUCACCGACGAGUUGGGAACUCUGCAGUUCCCGAUUCUUCCGCCGCCCGUCGACUUCCAACACGUGACCUCUCAGCCCAACCUCGAGCCCGCGACGGACGACAGCGCAGAGUGUCGUCUGCAUCGGUGGCCGAACGACGAGAAAUGCAUCCCAUCCCUCACCACAAGGCGCUCCUCACCGCCACUCUCUCCCGCAGGUCGUCGCGUGCAGUUCGCGGCCAACCGGCGCCUCCGCCAGACCUACCCGACGACCAGUGCGCCGAACACCGCCUCUCAGCAACACUACACGAGUCUGCAGAGUGUGGCGCGAGAGGCGCACCCGUCGGCCCUCACGACGACCGGCAGCGGCAGCAUUUGCAUCGAGGACUUGGGCGCCGCCACGAAACUGCUCCACCGAUUGGCGCAAACCAGCGGCCUCUCCGACGUCAUCGCCUUCCACGACAACGACAUUCAGAUCUCUCUCGAGUGGAACGCCAACCGUCUGGUGUUGCGCCGCGUGUCCGGCGACCAAACCCAAUACAAAGACUGUCAUGUGACCAUCGCUUCACUAGUUGUCAAUAAAUUCAUAUUUUGCUAUCACUUCGAGUGCUUUGCUUUGCGGCCGACAGACGGCGCGACAGACGACACGACACUAAUGGCGACGACAGACAACGACGCGAAGAGACUGCAAUACAAGUACCAGAUCUGGUUCUCGCGCCGCGCGCCCGGAAAAGUGACGGCAAACCAGUCCUACGACCAGAACCUCAAACCCAUCGCCGCCUUCGCGACUGUCGACCAGUUUUGGGCCAUUUAUUCGCACCUCAUUCGGCCCAACGAACUGUCCGGCCAUUGCGACCUCCAUGUCUUCAAACACGGCGUUCGCCCGCUUUGGGAGGACGAGACCAACAAAGACGGCGGCAAAUGGAUUGUGCGACUCCGCAAAGGUCUGGCCUCCAGGUGUUGGGAGAACCUGUUGCUCGCGCUCUUGGGCGAGCAGUUUAUGGUGGGCCACGAGAUCUGCGGAAUCGUCGUCUCGUGUCGCUUCCAGGAGGACAUCAUAAGUGUUUGGAACCGAACGGCGAGUGACUCGCAGACGACGGUUAGGAUUCGCGACACUUUGAAACGCGUUUUGAAUUUACCCGCGAAUACACUCAUGGAAUAUAAACCGCAUUGCGAUUCGUUGAGAGACAACACGAGUUUCAGAAACACUUUCGUCCGAUAAUCGCAACAAUAAACCUAUUUUUGCACAAAUCCUUGUUUCCAAUCAUUUCCGACCACAAAAAGCGAAUCCGUUUCCGUUUUCGGCAUUCAAUACGACUCCUGAGG